ACGCAAGCAAAGUCAAAACACUGGCCACUGCGAUUUGGUGGAAACAUUCGUUCGAUGGCAACGGUUUGGAUAACAGGCGCGCGCUUUGUUUUAUUAUCCACAUUAUCAGCGGCAUUAUUGUUAUUAUUGGCCCUGUGCGCUAUAUCGCCGCAAUAUCGCAGUAUCAUCGCCCACGCGUCCGCCCGUAAAUGCCGCGCGGAAAAGCCGCUUUCCACACCAGUCUCGAUUUGAAUUUUGGGAUUCGAGGGCAAUCCGUCAGGCAGUCGCGCGCCCCUUCGGUCAGUAGUGCUACUACUGCUAAUAAUCGUAAAAAUAAUAAAAAUAAUAAUAAUAAUCGCAAUAACAAUAAACAUAGUAAUAAUCGUAACGCUUACGAGCCCUUGAUAGUGCCACGGCAGAGCAAGCUGGAAUUCAAAUUCAAAUUCGAAUUCAAUUAACAUCCGAUCCAAGUGCAAUUGGCUAAAAAAUCAAACAAAAAUAAAAACUCAAAAGUAAAUCCAAACCAAAACGCAACAAAGUAUACGAAUAUCACUUGUGAAACUAAAGAAACAAUUGUGAGAAAAAUAAUUUAAGAAUAAAGAACAAACUGAAAACAUUUGUGAACAAAGUUAGUGCUAAAUAAAAAUAAAUACAAGAGGCCCCAGUGGAAAGUGCAAUACGUAAUAUUAACUUUGAAAAAAUAUACUUUUAAUUAUUACACAAAAAAAAUUAUACAACCAAAAGUUAAAAUAUAUAAAUUAAAAAAACAUUUAAAAGUUUAUAAAUUAUCUACUUCAUCCAAAGCAAAUGUCCAUCACAAUAAGUGGAGAAAAAUCUACAAAACAAAAAUAUUAAAAAAAAUCAAAGAUCAUCAGAGAUCAGUUAGUACUCACCUGAGUAGAAUCCUUUAGAGCCACUAGGAUCCGUCUCUGACGGAGCACCGCCAAAAUUCUCACCGCCAACAGCGCUAUGAACUCGUACUUCGAACAGGCCUCCGGCUUCUACGGCCAUCCGCACCAGGCCACCGGCAUGGCGAUGGGCAGCGGCGGACACCACGAUCAGUCGGCCAGUGCGGCGGCGGCAGCCUACCGGGGCUUCCCCCUCUCGCUGGGCAUGUCCCCGUACGCCAACCACCAUCUGCAGCGCACCACCCAGGACUCGCCGUACGACGCCAGCAUCACGGCCGCCUGCAACAAGAUCUACGGCGACGGAGCCGGCUACAAACAGGACUGCCUGAACAUCAAGGCGGACACGGUGAACGGCUACAAGGACAUCUGGAACACGGGCGGCUCCAAUGGCGGCGGGGGCGGAGGAGGCGGAGGUGGUGGUGGUGGCGGCACUGGUGCUGCGGGAAAUGGCGCCAACGGUGGCAACACAGCAAAUGCCAAUGGACAGAAUAAUCCGGCGGGCGGCAUGCCCGUUCGACCCUCCGCCUGCACCCCCGAUUCCCGAGUGGGCGGCUACUUGGACACGUCGGGCGGCAGUCCCGUUAGCCAUCGCGGCGGCAGCGCCGGCGGCAAUGUCAGCGUCAGUGGCGGAGCCGGAGGCGGUGGAAACGGUGGCGUACAGAGCGGCGUGGGCGUGGCCGGAGCGGGCACUGCCUGGAACGCCAACUGCACCAUCUCGGGCGCAGCAGCCGCCCAAACGGCGGCCGCCAGCAGUUUACACCAGGCCAGCAAUCACACAUUCUACCCCUGGAUGGCUAUCGCAGGUGAGUGUCCGGAAGAUCCGGCCAAAAGUAAGAUAAGAUCUGAUUUAACACAAUACGGCGGCAUAUCAACAGACAUGGGUAAGAGAUACUCAGAAUCUCUUGCGGGCUCACUUCUACCAGACUGGCUAGGUACAAAUGGUCUGCGAAGACGCGGCCGACAGACGUACACCCGCUACCAGACCCUCGAGCUGGAGAAGGAGUUCCACACGAAUCACUAUCUGACCCGCAGACGGAGAAUCGAGAUGGCGCACGCGCUCUGCCUGACGGAGCGGCAGAUCAAGAUCUGGUUCCAGAACCGGCGGAUGAAGUUGAAGAAGGAGAUCCAGGCGAUCAAGGAGCUGAACGAGCAGGAGAAGCAGGCGCAGGCCCAGAAGGCGGCGGCGGCAGCGGCUGCGGCGGCGGCGGUCCAGGGCGGCCAUUUAGACGGGAAUUAGGCGGGAAUUUAGACGGAAUUCUGAUACAAAGCAGCAAAGCACUAUAUUGUAACAAAUGAACUAUUUACUUAAAUGAAUAAUAUUUAAAUAUUUUGAUGGUACUUGUGCGAAUACGACAUACGAAACUUAACCUAAAUCGAACCGAAUGGAAUUAUUUGAAGUGUUUGAGAAGCAACCGAAAAUACGUAAUUCAAAUGAAAAUACAAACUAAUUAACUAGGCUAAGUAAAUGAAAGUAGUGGAAAGUGUGCAGAAUAUAAACUAAAUAGAUGUAAACAAUAAAAAAAACACACAAAAAUCUAAUAUAGUUUCAAGCAAAGAAAUGGAAAAAUUCGCAAACGUAAGAUUUAUGUUAAAAGUAAAAACAAAAAAAACAAAAAAUAAAUAAAAAUAGUAGAGAGAUCACUCGGAAUCGAACCCUCUGUCCUGCCCCUUUGUUGCUUACUUGCUAUGUUUAAAAUUUUUAAUUAAUUUUACAAUUUCGCAAAAUACUCAAAAACUAAAUGAUAUACGAUAAAAAAAAAAAGAAAUGUUAAACGCAAGCAAAAUUCUGUUGAUAUGAAUUUUUGGUAAAAAAAAAAAAAAAAACAGUUUUAAACCAAUUUAAGAUACAUAAACAAAACACGAUGAGAAAGAAAAUUAUGAAACUUUAACUUUAAUAUAAAUAGAAUUUGUUAGCAAAGUAAACAUAUUACAAAAAUGAUGAGAAAAAUGUGGGAGGAUCGAAUAUUUGAAUGUGUAUAGUUUGUGCUUAUUAAAUAACAUAAUGCAAUUUUAGUUAACUCUGUUUAUUUUUAAACGAAUUUGUUUAGUUCUCGCCCCAAACGACUAAAGUGAAGCUGUUUCUUUAAGUAAUGUGUAGUGUGUUUACAUUUUAAAUUAAAUUAAUGCUUAAUUUUAUUAUUAUUAUUAUGUUUAGUUUAAUGACAAAGCGUUUAUGAGAUUAUCUGACAGAAGCGAUGCGAAAAGAAGGACGACAAAUCGUUUGCUCCGGCAAACGCAAAUAAAUUAUUGGUUUUGAAAAAAUCUAAAAAAAGAAACAAAAACAUAA